CUGGUAAGGAACACGUCUUCAAUGAAAAAGACAUGAUUUUUGUUUUCUACCGGGAAAACGGAACAGACAUCACAGAAAUUAUCUUACCCAAAUCCCUCUCUGCCUCUCCUCCGUUAUCACCUAACCCUAAGCUGAGUUUCCCUGUCUUUCCGUUUUCAAUGGGACAACAAGACUCAGGAUCGUGUCUCACCGAAGAAGAGGAUACCAAAUUCAGCGAUUCCCUUGAAGAAUUCCCCCUCGUAGAGGCUUCCAACUCUAUUGAGUUUGAAUACUCAGUCCCCCAAUCCAACUCUUCAUCAGUUUCUGAGAUCGAUGACAACUGCUGGGACUCAAUUUCAAACCUAUCAAAGCACAAGCCGGAGUCGCAAUCAUUUCCUUCCCAUACAGGUGUCCGACGCCGGCGACACAUUCCCCGACAAAGUUCGAAAGAACAUCCAUUGUCUCCUUUUAAAAAUAGUCCCGAUGGUUUAGUAGAUUUUGAUGUUCAUGAAUCUAUUAUUUCUCCGGGAAAGAAGCACAAGUUAUGGAAUUUGAAGGAUACUGAGAAAUUGAAUGGCAAACUGAAUCUUACUAAAGUUCGUGCUAAUUCAGAUAGAGUUGGGAAGCGAUUUGGCGAUGCAACAAGUGUGAACUCCUCGAAUUCUAGCGUAAUCACCACUGUUACUGCUGAUGAAAAUGUCAGUGAUGGAUCUGUUAUGGUGGAUUCACCGAAUUCUGGUUCGAAUUUACUUUUAACCUUAGCAGGAUUAACACUCAGAGCCAUUUCAUUUCAAAUAACUUUGUUAGUUGGCUUUGUCACAUUUCCCAUAUGGUUACUGCAUUCAUCUUACCUGUUUCUUAUCGAUCCUUUCGCGAUUGUGAGGACUACAAAACGUUACCUGAUAAGGAACAUUUCAACUCUAUUAAAGUUCUGCUUUGGUAAUGUCAAAAGGGUUUUGUUUCAAUGGAUCACAGGAAAAAAAUCAACAUGGAAGCUAUGUCUGCAAAUAGGAUGGGGAUUGUUGUGGUCAGUUUUCAUUGGUUUCAUUUUGAUUGGUUUAGUAGUUUUCUCGCUUGUUAUCAGUGGCACAAUAAUGAAAUUCAUCACGGAAGUGCCUUUUCAUAAAGUCGAGCAAUUGAAUUUUGAUUAUACUCAAGAUACUCCCAUGGCUUUUGUGCCAAUAAUGUCUUCUCAACAGCCAUUUUGUUUGGGUUGUGAUGAAAAUAUAAAAAUUGGGGAUGUUGCUCAAUCACGGAUUAUACCUCAUGAUCACAAACUACAGGCUACUGUCUCUUUAACCUUGCCAGAAUCAUACUACAACAGAAAUCUUGGGAUCUUCCAGGUACGGGUAGACUUCCUCUCAGAAAGCGGAAAAUUCCUUGCAACUACAACACAACUAUGCAUGCUACAUUUCAAAAGCCCUCCUAUUCGCCUUCUAACGACGUUUUUUAAACUCGCACCUUUAAUCACCGGCUACUCAUCGGAAUCCCAAACUGUAGAAAUCAAAUUUAGAGAAUACACAGAACGGAAAAUCCCAACUUCCAGCGUGAAGGUGGUGCUGGAACCACGGGCACAAUUUGCAAAGGGCGGCGUAUUGUGGUGUUUACAACGAUGUCUUUUUUCGCUUUCCUGUGUUGCUCACCGGUGUUUCUUCCGCGCCUACGGCCGCCAGCUCAGAGGGUGGUGCCGCCGCCGGCUGAUAAUGCUCCCCGGCGGGGUUCGAAGUAGCUUCUUUGGUCCAUAUCUUUACUUCCUGAAACACGCCAACAAAGAAGAUGGAGAAGAAAAUACUCUGGAUAAAACCCAAAAAGAAAGCACUGGCGGGACGUUAUCUCGCCAGAGUCUUGGUCAGAUCUCAGUCUUAGCUUGGGCAUGCCAGCGUCGGGAUAACAAAUCAUUUUACCUACAAGGAAGAAUAUUCCUCGAAAUCCUCUUAUUCUCUCAUGACCAAUUAGGUCAUGACAAAGAGCUUGGUGACACCCAGAACUGA